AUGCCAGCAUACAGUCAGUUCAGUCCAAGCACAUUGGUUGGGCAGCAGUUUGGUGCCAUUGGUGUUGCUGGGAGCUCAUUGACAUCCUUUGGAACAGAAGCAUCGAGUAGCAGUAUCUUAUCCCAGAACAGCUCGAGUCCUCCUUGUUUUUUAUAUGCAUUUUUUCCUCUCAAAAGGCCAGGUAUCCUGGGUAGAAGAAAAUGUUCCUGGAAACCAUGGAUGGUUGCUCUUACUACCACAUCUGUUUUGUUGGCUUUGUCAAUAAUCAUUGGUCUCCUUGUUUACUUUUUGGUGUAUGAACAGAAGAGUCAUUACUACCAGGGCUCCUUCCGGAUUCCCAGCAUUACAUAUAGCCCAGAUUUGUCCAUAGAACAGUCAAGACAUCAGACAAGCCUGAAACAAAAACUCAUCAAUGAGAUAGAUAUGAUAUUUCAAAGAUCCAGUUUAAAGUAUCAUUAUGUCAAAUCUCAUGUUGUCAACUUCAGGCCAAGUAAUGAUGGUUUGAAAGCAGACAUACUGAUUAAAUUUCAGUUUCCCCAUAACAAUGUGGGAACUCUGAAAAAACAAGCUGAUAGCAUUUUGUACAAGAAGUUGCAAUCCACCCAGAGCUCCUUGAAGAGAGACAUUUCAUUACCUCAUCUUAGAGAAAUUAAUGCUGCACAAGCAGAGAAUAUUCUAAACAGUGAUUGUGGCUUGGGGAUGGAGUACCCACCCACAGCAAGAAUUGCUGAUGGCAAACCUGCAGAAAAAGCUUCCUGGCCAUGGCAAAGCAGCCUUCAAGUGGACGGAAUCCACCUCUGUGGUGCAUCCCUGAUUGGCUCCCAGUGGCUUCUGACCUCUGCUCACUGCUUUGAUACUUACAAAAACCCCAAACUGUGGACAGUCAGUUUUGGAACAACCCUAAGCCAUCCACUGAUGACAAGAAAGAUCGCGUCCAUUAUCAUUCAUGAGAACUAUGCAUCCCACAAGCACGAUGAUGAUAUUGCUGUGGUCAAGCUCUCCAGCCCCAUCCUGUUUUCUGAAAACCUGCGCAGAGUCUGUCUCCCUGAUGCUACCUUUCAAGUCUUGCCGAAGAGUAAAGUGUUUGUCACUGGAUGGGGAGCCUUGAAAGCAAAUGGUCCUUUCCCCAAUUCUCUGCAAGAAGUUGAAAUAGAGAUCAUAAGCAAUGAUGUAUGUAACCAAGUAAAUGUAUAUGGUGGUGCUGUAUCAUCAGCAAUGAUAUGUGCUGGAUUCUUGACAGGGAAACUAGAUGCCUGUGAGGGUGAUUCUGGAGGGCCCCUGGUUAUUUCACAUGAUAGAAAUAUCUGGUAUCUUCUUGGAAUUGUUAGCUGGGGAAUCGACUGUGGAAAAGAAAACAAGCCCGGAAUUUACACCAGAGUGACUCAUUAUCGGAACUGGAUUAAAUCUAAAACUAACAUCUAA